UCAUUUAUAAAUCACAUAAGGCACAUAAAUUACAACGUAAAUAUGUCGUUUGUGUUGAACAACGCGAUUCGUCGCCAAAUUGGCGUUAUUGCCGCCAGAAACAUGUCCGGCACUGCCGCCGUAGCUGGAGAACAUUCUGGUGGCUACAAGGUCUGGAAGCGUCUGUCUUUCUUCGUGGCCAUGCCAGCAGUUGGUCUGUGCAUGCUGAACGCCUACCUGAAGCACCAGGAGGAGCACGACCACCCCCGUCCGGAAUUCGUCAAGUACGAGUACCUGCGUCGCCGUGAGAAGCGUUUCCCCUGGGGCGAGGGCAACAAGAGCCUGUUCCACAACCCCCAUGUCAACGCUCUGCCCGAUGGUUAUGAACACUAAGCGGUUAUACCACUCUUUGUAAAGGUGUCGCAGCUCUUGGUAAUCUGCCAUAUCUGCUAUAAUAAAUAACACUCGAUGUAUUUAAACAUAUUGUUAGCUGUAAUUAAUGUGGAAAUACACACAAACACUCCCGAUAAACUUAA